AGGCCCCCUCACGCGGUCCCGGCGUCCCGCGCCGACCCCACUCAGUGCCCAUACCCCGUCGGCGCGACCAGGCGGGACACCAGACGCACCCGGGCCGCGGCGGCGAUCAGCACACGGACUAGAGGAGCAUCGCGCUGCAGCGAGCUGCACAGCCGGCGUCACCAUGUCCGAGACCCUGGACCAGGAGCAAGUCACCAGUAAGUAUAGGAAAUAUUUAACAGACAUGCUGAGGAGAGCCUUCUCCAUGUUCGACUCGGGGAAGACGGGCUGCAUAGAGAGGGAGAAGGUGCACACUAUCCUCAACACAAUGGGCCAGGCCUUUGACGACAGAGAGCUCGAUCGGGUCUUGACAGAGCAGGACUCGGACGGUACGGGCAAGCUCAACUUUGACGCGUUCUGCAAAGUAGCCAUUCAUUUCCUGGACGAAGACGACGAGGCGCUGCAGAAGGAGCUCAAGGCUGCUUUCAGGCUUUACGACAAAGAAGGCAACGGCUACAUUCCCACCUCCUCCCUGAAGGAGAUCCUCAUCGCCCUGGACGACCAGUUGACCCCCGAUCAGCUCAACGAGAUGAUUGCGGAGAUCGACACGGACGAUUCUGGGACUGUAGACUUUGAUGAAUUUAUGGAGAUGAUGACGGGAGACUAAGAGGCGGGAUACGCGGCGCUACCUUAGGAAUAAAUUAUUUUUUAUUGGACUGAUCGUUUAUAGAGUGGGAAGAGAAUUCCGUGAUAUAUGACUGUUAAUUACUUGGAGGUGACAUUGUGUUGAAACCAGCGAUUAU